AGAAGGGUCUAAUUUCUCCGAUAAAACCCAUUUCCACUGCUGCAGCUGCUUUCCAGUUUCUAGGGUUUAUCUUCAUCGUUCUUCUAUAAUCUUCUAUCCAAUUGGAGCCGCUUCUCCAUCUUUAUCUUCAGGUGUUUUUUGAGGUUAGAACGUGAAAUGGCGACAGCUCAACUCGCUGGGUCUUUAAUUUCUGCUAGGAACUUGCCUUCUUUCAGUGGGCUUCGACCUUCUGCGGUGAAAUUCUCUCCUUCUGUUGCUCAUGUGAGAGUCGGGGGUCGGGCUAAGAGAUCUUACACUGGCUUGGUCGUCAGAGCUGCUACUGUGGUUGCUCCAAAGUACACUUCAAUCAAGCCAUUGGGCGACAGAGUGUUGGUGAAGAUAAAGGAAGCUGAAGAGAAGACUGAUGGAGGGAUUUUACUUCCAACAACCGCUCAGUCUAAGCCCCAAGGAGGAGAGGUUGUUGCAGUUGGAGAAGGCAAGACAAUCGGAAACACCAAAGUGGAAGCUAGUGUAAAGACUGGUGCUCAAGUAGUGUACUCCAAGUAUGCUGGAACUGAGCUAGAGUUCAACGGUUCAAAGCAUCUUAUCCUGAAGGAAGACGAUAUUGUCGGUAUACUAGAAACAGAUGACGCGAAAGAUCUUCAGCCCCUAAAUGACAGGGUCUUGAUCAAGGUGGCCGAGGCCGAGGAGAAAACAGCCGGAGGUUUGUUGCUGACAGAAGCAAGUAAAGAGAAACCGUCCAUCGGAACGGUGAUAGCAGUUGGCCCUGGUCAUCUGGAGGAGGAUGGCAAGAGGAAACCGCUAUCCAUCGCCGUGGGAGAUAACGCGAUGUACUCGAAGUACGCCGGGAACGAGUUCAAGGGCAAAGAUGGCUCUGAUUACAUCGCAUUGAGGGCUUCGGACGUUAUUGCAGUUCUAUCGUAGUUGCGAUUGGCAAUGUAAAACAUCUUAGUGAGGUUUGCUUUGCCCCAAAAAUGGGAAUUGAGAUGGAUUCUGGGGGUCAUAGAGGCUUGAAACAAAGGCAACUUUGAUGGAAAUUUCGGUAAUAACAGAGAAUUUGUUUGUUAGAUCAA